AUGCCGCCCCUGGGCGAUGAGAGGACCGAACAUCGGCGAGCUGAAGGACCUCGUGGUGCAGACGAGACGAAUGGCGUUCUGGGACACAUUCGUGCAGAGUUGCGCGCCCACGUCUACAAGGCGAUCGAGCACGAGGAGCAGGCCACCGCCGCGGCGGCAGCGAAGCUGCUGAGGAUGCCGGAGGGGCGACUGAUGGCGGAGCUGGUGCGAGAGUUCUUCGAGUUCUACGGGUUUAAGCACAGCCUCUCGGUCUUCCUGCCCGAGUCCAGCCUGGGCCGCGAGGGGCGCCCCCGCGAGGCCGUGGGCCAGGACGCGGGGCUCGCCAAGGUGGAGCAGGGCCGCUCCGCGCUGGAGCAGAUCCUGGAGCUGGCGGCGGGGCAGGAGGAGGCGCGCAAGGGGGGCCCGCUGUCCUGCGGCAGCUCGACCACGGCGUCCACCCCGCCGCCCGCGUCCGCCGCGGCGUCCCGCGCGCAGAGCGUCCGGGAGCAGGCGCCGCCGCCUCAGGCGCCCGACGCGCUGCAGCAGCUGAAGGUGUCGCCGUCCACGGCGCCCAAGGCGCACGUCGCCCCUGCCGCGCAGGCCGCCGCGGGGAAGGACCCCCCGAGGAGGAGCCCGCCGGGGAGGCCCCGGCGGCGGCCGGCGGCCCGGGCAUCUCCUUCGAGGAGCCGCGCCCAGCUGGACCGGCAGAUGGCGCGCCAGCUGGGGCGCAGGCAGGGCGGCAAGGCUGCCCACCUGGCCCCGCUCACCGGCGCGAUCCCGGUCGCGCCCGGCGACGCGUGCGGGGACGGCGUCCCGUCGGCGCCUCUGACGCCCGAGAAGGGCGUCGUGCAGGAGGAGGUCCGCGAGGACCCCGACGCCUCACUGGGCAGCGCCUCGGGCGCGCGGCCCUCGUCGCCCGGCAGCGCCUCGGGCUCGCAGCCGGGCGGCGGGCCGCUGCAG